CUGCCUUUGUCUGCUUGGCUUUGGAACGAACACGUUUAGUAGUAGCGCGCUGGCCGGUCUAUUCACAAUGUAGAGUGUCUUCUCGGUUGUGCGUUUUGGUUUUUGAAAUUUUCGUUCACAUUAAUUUAUUUCUGUUCUAGUUUCAUUGCUAUCAAUGAAACACUGAGAGAAGUUUAAAAUUGUUCCUGCAGUGGUUAAUCUAAAUCUACGCUGUCGUUAACAGGAAGAAGUGAAGUGCUUUUAUCGGUAUAAAUCUCACGCGAAAUUGUGCGUUGGGAAGUUUUGUGUUUUUGAUGUAGUGUGGAGUGAAGUGUUCUUGAUUUGUUAUCGUUUCCACUACAGCCUCCUUUCGACUUAUCUCUGAUGGGUGAAACUAGGAGUGGCAGCCAGUUGUCGGUUUACUGCUGUGACAAUUGCGUGGACAUCAAUAGGCGGGCACCCGUCAAAUAAGUGCUAAUUGUCUCUGAAUUGGCUUGAGUGCGACAACCAGUUACAAAGAUGUAGUCGCUUGGGCUGUUGUCGUUUGGAUGGAGAAAUCAUCAUCUUCUUCCUCCGAACUAAUUAGUGUUCUCGUCCGUCGUCUCCGCUUUAUUCUCCGUCUCUUGCUCUCCGUUUUGUUUUUCUACUUGGAUUUGUGUGUCAUCAUCAUGAAAAGGAAUUUCAGUCAGAAUUCGGCUGGCACCACCUCUAGUUCGAGCCCUCUGCGCGCCAGCAUCCUUCGGGGUCUGCGCAAGCCUCUGCUCCGCAAAACCAACAGGGAAAAGCUGGCCGCACGCAGUUGGAUCGAAGCAACAUUUCAGAAGCGAGAAUGUGUACGGUUCAUACCCAGCUCCAAAGACGAACACAGAUGUUGCUGCGGACUGUCUCUGACGUUCCACUGUGGCACGGGGGCGCAGACAGACCGACCGGACAUCGAUGAGGUGUGGUCACCCGCCAAGCACACCCUCCCCUCACCCACCGACGCCUAUGGCACCAUCGAGUUCCAGGGCGGGCCGCAUCCCAGCAAGGCUCAGUACGUGAGACUGGCGUACGACACGCGGCCAGAGUUGAUCCUGCAGCUGUUCACGCGCGAAUGGACGCUGGAGCUGCCCAAGCUGCUGAUCACAGUGCAGGGCGGCAAGGCCAACUUCGAGCUGCAGCCCAAGCUCAAGAAGGUGCUGCGCAAAGGACUGCUGCGAGCCGCCAAGACAACCGGCGCAUGGAUAUUCACCGGUGGCACCAAUACCGGUGUGACGCGGCAGGUGGGUGACGCUCUGCUGAUGGAGCGAUCGCAGCGCUCUGGCCGCGUGGUGAGCAUUGGCAUCGCGCCGUGGGGCAUCGUCGAGAACAACCACGAGCUCAUUGGGCACAAUCGCGAUGUGCCCUACCACUCCAUAUCAUCGCCCAGAUCGAAGUUCGCCGUGCUGAACAACAGGCACGCCUACUUCCUGCUGGUGGACAACGGCACGGCCGGCCGGUAUGGCGCCGAAAUCAUUCUCAGGCGGAAGCUCGAGAAGUACAUCUCCAUCCAGAAGCUGCAUCCCUGUACGCACUGCAGCACACCAGUGGUGUGCCUGGUGAUAGAGGGUGGCACGAACACGAUCCGCGCCGUGCUGGAGUAUGUGACCGACUCACCACCCGUUCCGGUCGUCGUGUGCGACGGGUCGGGUCGCGCCGCUGACCUACUCGCCUUCGUACACAAGUAUGCGUCAGAAACAGGCGAGCAAACGGUGCUGGAGAGCAUGAAAGACUACCUGAUCAAUACGAUCCAGAGGACGUUCGAGGUCGGCGUCGAACAAGCAGAGUGCCUUUACGUAGAGUUGCUUCAGUGCACGAGGAAAAAAAAUUUGAUAACCGUGUUCAGGAUAACGGACCGGCAAGUGCAGGAGGGCAAGGAGCAGGAGCUGGACCAAACGAUAUUGACGGCGCUGUUCAAGAGCCAACACCUGUCGCCGUCCGAACAGCUCAGUCUGGCGCUCACAUGGAAUCGCGUCGACAUCGCGCGCUCCGAGAUAUUCGUCUACGGCCAGGAGUGGCCUGUCGGUGCCCUGGAUGAAGCGAUGAUGCAAGCUUUGGAGCAUGAUAGGAUAGAUUUUGUUAAGUUAUUAUUAGAGAACGGAGUUAGUAUGAGAAAAUUCUUGACUAUUCCAAGGCUAGAAGAAUUGUACAAUACGAAACAAGGGCCAGCCAACACGUUGGGAUACAUUUUAAGGGACGUGAGGCCCCAUAUUCCUCGCGGCUAUGUAUAUACGCUACACGAUAUAGGUCUAGUUAUCAACAAAUUGAUGGGAGGUGCUUAUAGGUCGAAUUAUACAAGAAGAAAGUUCCGAUUAAUCUACGCUAAAGUAAUGAAGAAAUCACCGCAUGUGCAUCGAAACAGUGCUUCCUUUAUCAGAUACUAUGGCAAUCAAAACUUGACACUGAGUCUGCUGGCUGAGACGCUUCCUGCCUCCAAGGAAAAUUAGCUUUAUGAUUGGAGUUUCAAUUACAUCGUUACAUGGGCAGUGCUGACGAAGAGGCAGGAGAUGGCUCUGCUGAUGUGGCAGCACGGGGAGGAGGCGCUGGCCAAGUCGCUGGUGGCCUGCAAGCUGUACAAGGCCAUGGCCCACGAGGCCGCCGAGGACGACCUCGAAACUGAGAUCUACGAGGAGCUGCGCAACUACGGAAAGGAGUUCGAGAAUAUCGCUCUGGAACUGCUGGACUUCUGCUACCGGCAGGACGAUGACCAGACGCAGCAGCUGUUGACGUGCGAACUGCAGAACUGGAGCGGCCAGACGUGUCUGAGUCUAGCGGUGGCGGCCAAUCACAGGCCGCUGCUCGCGCACCCAUGCAGUCAGAUCAUUCUCGCCGAUCUCUGGAUGGGCGGACUGCGCACCCGAAAGAACACCAACCUCAAGGUUGUUUUGGGUCUUUUCUGUCCUGUCUACAUAGCAAAACUAGAGUUCAAGUCGAAAGAAGAACUGCAGUUGAUGCCCCAAACUGAAGAGGAACAUUUGAUUGGUUUGGAAGAAGAGAAUGACAGCGUGGAGGGCCGAGUGGGAGAUCACCAUACAGGCGAGCCCGAUGUUGAGGCGCUGAUAACAAGCGACGUGACAGAGCGCAUGCGCGAGACAGUGGUGACGGAGAACGGGAAGGUGAUCGCUGGUGCGGGGGCGGGGGAGCCGCUGCCAGGGAGUGGGGGGAGCUCGGAGUGUGGCAGUCAGUUCUUCCCCGUGCCCCUCGACUACUUCGAGAUCAAGCACAAUCGGCCGCUCAGACUCAAACGCAAACUAUACGAGUUCUAUUCGGCACCAAUCACUAAGUUCUGGGCGAAUUCAAUCGCUUACAUCGUAUUCCUAGUGAUCUUCAGUUACGUUGUGCUGGUGAGAAUGGACCCGACGCCAUCUUGGCAGGAGCUCUACUGCAUUGCCUACAUUGUUACAUUGGGCUGUGAAAAGGUUCGCGAGAUCGUUUCCUCUGAACCAGCAACGAUCAGCCACAAAUUCGCGGUGUGGGCGUGGAACAUGUGGAACCCAUGCGACGCUGCCGCUGUGAUCUUCUUCCUGGUCGGCCUGAGCCUCCGCCUGAAGCCCUCCUCCAUGUCGGUCGGCCGCGUCAUCUUCUGUGUCGACAUCAUCUACUGGUACCUGCGCAUACUCAACAUUCUCGGCGUCAAUAAAUAUUUUGGACCAUUGGUAACAAUGAUGGGUAAGAUGGUGAAGAACAUGAUCUACUUCGUGGUGCUGCUGCUGGUGGUGCUGAUGAGCUUCGGCGUGUGCCGACAGGCCAUCCUCUUCCCGGACUCCGACCCCAACUGGACGCUCGUCCGCAACGUAUUCUAUCAGCCCUACUUCAUGUUGUACGGAGAGGUGUUUGCGGACACGAUCGACCCGCCGUGCGGCGACGAGCCGGGCAUGGAGAAGUGCCAGACGGGCCGCUGGAUCACUCCCUUCGUCAUGUCCAUGUACCUGCUCAUCGCCAACAUCCUGCUCAUCAAUCUGCUCAUCGCCGUCUUCAACAACAUCUUCAUCGAGGUCAACGCUAUCUCGCAUCAGGUGUGGAUGUUCCAACGGUUCACAGUGGUGAUGGAGUACGAGCAGAAGCCAGUGCUUCCUCCACCGCUGAUCGCCUUCUGCCACGUCUACCUCAUCCUCAAGUUCCUGAAGCGCAAGGUGCAGGGCAUCCAGGAGACCUACGACAACGGACUCAAGCUGUUCCUCGACAACGAGGACCUCGAGAGGCUCUACGACUUCGAGGAGGAGUGUGUCGAGGGCUACUUCCGCGAGAAGGAGAGCCUCAGGCACAUGUCCACCGAGGACCGCAUCAAGCAGACCACCGAGCGCGUCGAGAACAUGUACCAGAAGGUCGAGGACAUCAACCAGAAGGAGAACAAUCAGAAUUCGUCGCUUCAGGCGGUCGAAUUCCGUAUCAGGAAGCUGGAAGAGUUGUCCGAACAGACACUGUCCACUCUGGGCGUGAUCCACCGGUUCAUGGCGACGCACAACCGAAUCCACGGCAUCGACGCCGACUUCCUGCCGGAGCGGCUGCGUCGGAUGAGCGACCGGUCGGAGGCGGGCCUGUCGGAGGUGUCGGAUCCUCCUGCGGCCGUGCUGCCUCCGCACCCGCGUCGACGACCGCCCGCCCGGUCGCUGACGGAGGUGCGUCCGGAUCCGCCCUUCUUCACCGAGGGCCUCUCCUUCCAGGUCAAGAGGUCCGCGCUCGCUGAGGCUGAAACGCAGAACACCCUGCCUGAGGAGGAUGAGAAUAAACAGUCUGAGAUUUCAGUGGCCAGCAGCGAAGCGGGUGACAUUGCGGUGUCGGUGCAUGACAUGGGGGUGGGAGCUGGGGUGGGGGGCCGCCGCCAGAGUUCGUCGGGGUCGACGCCGGGGGCGGCAGGUGGUGCAGGGGGGGCGGUGGGUGGCAGUCAGUACCUGAACCCCAUAGUGCCGCGCCAGUUAUCGCAGACCCACUCUGAGCCUGACAACUCGGUCAAUGACCCCAUGUGCUCCAAGCCCUCAUUGGUCGAGCGAUCGGUCACCUGGGCUGAGCCUCGCAUCAAGGUCAUUCCGCCCCCGGGCACUCGCUCCAUGUUGAUGGCUAUGCACACUGAGUACACAAGCAUAACCGACGAGUUGGAAACGAUGUGCGGUCUGCUGUCUCCGCCGCGGUCGCCCAGCCUGCUGUCGCCGCCGCGUCAUGAGAGCGGAGGCGGUCCUCCGUCGGCGGUUGCUACCGCCAGCUGCUCCCGCCGCAGUCGCCAUCACUCGGAAAUGUCCAACCCCGAGAUGGCGCUCUUCCUCGAGAAGGAACACCUCAAGGACGCCGAGGAGAGCGACUACCACCUCAUGGAGGGCCUCAUUCAGCGCCGCAUGCAGCGCAGCGACUCCGACGACAAGUUCCAUAACAAUGCCUUCUUUCUCACCGCCACACAGCCCCCAGAAACUGUGAACCCCUACCCAAGGAAACUUCUAACGUCAAGGUCACUGAGACGAAGCAGCGCAAUCGAGGGUGACCUGCCGACUCCCUGCCUCUCGCAGCGCACCAGCCUCCAGUCGCCCGACACUGAGACAGUGCUGCCACCUACGCGGCAGACGCAGAGCUCGGUUGGCACCCUGUCUCAGUCACAAGAUCGGCCCGAGCAUGACCUUGAAACCUCGUCACAAAACAGUCUGCUGCCCAACCCGGAGACAAUGUGCUGAGCUGGCUGAAAAACGUCUUGAGGAACCUAGGAGUGUAGGUCCUUUAAUUUUUAGGUUAGAUAUUGAGCACAACACACCUUUUGUGAUUUUUUGUUGGGUUGCACGAAACAAGAUCAAAUAAGAAUAAAAUUUAUUCAAAUAGUUAUAAAUGAAUAAACAUUUGAAAUUAUUUUAAUACAUGAUCAUCGCUAUGCAAGUAGGUAUGUGAUUAUCUGAUUCAAGAUUGGUAAUUAAUAAUUAGGUGGUAUUUUACUCACCUUGGGUUAUCUCGUCGGUUGUGCAACCCAGCAAAUAUGCUAACGUGCUUUAUUACUUACAGUAGGUACUACCUAGUUUGUACGACUACUUAGCUCUAAGUUUUAGUACUCAGUUUGAAAGUUGAUGAAUGAACUAAUGAGAGGUUAUAGUAGGCUACCCUAAUUCCAUUUCUAAGUUGAAAACAAAUAAAAAAUAAGUUAUAUCAUGAUUGUUUCAAGAUAGUCAAUAAAUUGUUUUUUCAAUUAAAAAAAUCAAUUUAAAGUACCACAAACUCAAGUUCUGUCGUAAAUUUAAAUUUUGUCAAACUCUUUAAAUAAAGAUGAUAAUAAUAGUUGAUGUAUAAUCUGUCCACUGGGCAUGAAUUUAAUUGGUGUUGGUUCAAUGUGAUAAAAUGAUAUGGAAUUAAUAAUUUUGAUGUUUCGUUCAAAAUUGAUAAGUUCUAAUAAUUAAAAGUUCAUAUUGAAAAAUUACUAGGUAAAAGUUUUCAAAAUAUUUUUAAAGAGAGUUACUAAUCCUCUGUUCAAAAAGCGUCAUCAGCUAUAAGUUUCACACAAAAUCUCUAAAUAAAUGAAUGGUCACUGAUUUUUCAAAUUGUUUCUAUCAAGCUGUGAUGUAUAGCCUACUAGGAGGAGAAACGUUCACUCAAGCAGAAAUAUUUAUUCUAUGUUAUUCCAUAAGAGAAACUUUUCUGCAUAUGUGAUCCAAUUGAGCUCGAGGGCUCAAAUAUUGAACUUGAACAAACUUAAAAAGAGUUUUUUUUCAAUUUUAAAAACAAUCAUUAAAAAAGUUUUUUUUCUUAAUUUCAAGCACGGUUCUCAAACUCUCUUCCCACCUUUUUUUUAACAAUUUGAAAAAUCAGUGACCAUUCAUUUAUUUAGAGAUUUUGUGUGAAACUUAUAGCUGAUGACGCUUUUUGAACAGAGGAUUAGUAAAUCUCUUUAUACAUAAUCAGUUUAAUGAUAUUAGGAAAGUGGCUCCGUGUAUAGCUUAGUGUGUUUCACUCGAAUCAAAGGAGUCUCAAGUUAUGGUACUAUAUGCUGCUCCAUGUGGAUAGAUUAUUCCUUUCCCGUUUUUUCGUAGGAAAAAUGUUAAUUUUUUCCCAUUUUUUUCUGAACAUGUUAAUUGAAUUUUAAAAUUGAUUCGGUUCCAGACUUUGGUGUAUGAAAAAUAUUGUGAAAAUUAUAUAUAAAUACUAAUUAGUGUAGGUAAUUAUUCAGGUAGUUGACUUUGAAUCCAGUACCGUAAUUUUUCAACAUCCAGAAAAUCAAUUCUAUAUUCAGGAGCGGUAAUAUUUUUCUUUCCAAUAAUCAUUUUUUUAUGGUAGUUAAUAAUGAUAUCAAUAAUAUAAUAGAAUAAAUCGUGAAAUGUCAUAUAAUUUUCGGUCUUCAAGUUAUAUUGUUGAAAUAUUUAUACAUUUUUUGAAUGAAUGAUUGUAUCAAGUAUGAAGGUUCUAUUAUCAUCAUUGAUCAUUUUGAAAGUUGAUAAAUCAUAUUGAUUAGAAUAAUAAUAGAUGAAAGAAGAUAAUAAUUUAAAACAAUAAAAUUCAUCAAUACUAGUUGGUAAGGUUUUUAAUUACUAAGUAGUGUCAUAUCAUUGAAAUGAAGGAUAAAUCAAGCAACUGUUUUUGAAUUGUAGGAGAAAUGUGCAUAAUUUGAAAAUUUGAUGAGUAAUUAUGUUUUCCGUUAAAGUUUUUUUCAAAAGUUUUUCUGGAACGAAAUCAUUGAAGAACAAUAAUUUCUCGAAUAGACUACCUUUGAAAAAUGUACCGUGGUCGUCAAAAUAAUAAAUUAUUCUGAAUUGCAAUAAAAUAAGUCAUCAAAUUUCAUUGAAAACAUUCUAUAUCUGUUAAUGGUGAUCCGGACGCAUUAUUUCAAAUUACUUUUUGUUUUUGAAUCCUAGGGCAAACUAAGCUUAAUUUUUUUCCUUUGCUGAUGAAAUUUAUUUUUACAUUAUUUUUCAGCUCCACCGGUUUCUAUUUGAUUUCCAUUCCCGUGAGAAUCAUCAACAUAAAAAUAUCAGUUGAUUAGCAUUUUUUGUAAUAAGGAACUGAGAAGCACAAUAAUUUACAAAAUUUAUUCAGUAACAUAGUUUCUGAGCGAAACUUGAAAUGGUGAAUAUAAUAAGUUGGUUACUGAAAGCACAAAUUGUUAGAUAAUUGCCAAUGUAUCCUCUUCACCCAACUUCAACUAUUUUCGUAAACUAUCACUUAAACAGCAAGUUUGAAACAAUCAGUUUUGAAAAGUAUUAAUUUGGAGGAAAUAGUUUGGAGACCAUUGUGUUCAUCUGUAAAUAAUCAGAAUAGGUGUUAUGAGAUUUAACAAUAAUUAGAGCAAUGCUAUCAAGUUGAGCGAGCUAUUCCACUCAAUUUGGUUGACUGAGUACGAUACAAUUUUAUGAUUAAGUGGAGAGAUUUUUGGCACCAAAGUAAUCCAAUAUACCUAUCAUUGAAGGUAUUUCAACAUACCAUUUAGGAAUAUCAUUACUAGUAGAUACCGAAUUUAUCACCCUCAUUGUAACUGUAAAUUUAGAUAAGAAAUAGUUGCCGUUAAUGUAAUAAAAUGUUGUUGAUAGAUGAUAUUGAUAGUUGAUAUUGUACCAUUUAUAAAUAAUAUUUAUAAAUUCCCUUUUAGAUAAUUGAACAGUUACUGUCAUCAGUUGACUCAAAGUCAGUUUUUACCGAUAAUUCUUAGAUUUUGACUGUUUAAAGUUGAUGUUAAAGGAUGAUGUAUGAUGUAUUAUUAAUUAUUGUAUUGGCCUAGUAUUGGUAAUAAUCUUUACAAAUCCUAUCAAAUGCGUUUAAUGAUUGUACAAGCGAUAACUUCAACCGGUUUUAUGAAAUAUACUGUCAGAUUAAUAUUUAUUUUUUUAAUUAAUGUGUCUACUAUUGACAACUAUGCCCAAUAGAAUGUUAUUCUGUAUUAUGAACACAUAUCUUUGUGGUGUUUGCACUCUCUACCACGACUGCUAUUAUUUUCUAUGAGCAUUUAUCAAUGUGAUGUAUAUUUUUACUAUAAAUGUAUUAAUAGGUAAAGUUGGACUUGAAUCCAUUUCAAUAUGUAAAUAAGUUUUUCUUACUUAUCAAUAAAUAUGCUGUACUACUAAACCCAGAUAUUUCCAAUGCUCUUGAACUUUUACUACGACCUACUUGAACGUUAUUGUUUUUUCUAGAACUUUUCAUAAUAUUACAGUUGGGGUCAAUUCAAAUUUAUAAGAAAAUGUCAUAUUGUCAUUUCAUAUUACCAAUAGAAAAAUUGUUACGUUCCGAAGAGAAUAGGAUUUUUUCCCUCAGAAUUUAUAGAAUGAAAAAUGUUUAUAUUAAUUAUUGCAAUGUACUUAAUUUUAAUGUAUCAGUUUCGUUGAAGAUUCACGCUAUACUAUGGCCCAUUAUAAAUCCAAGAGGAUUCUGAUUAACAUUUCAAAAUAAUAUAGUAAAUUGAAACUCGAAAUGGUAUUCAGUAAAAUUAAUUCAAAUGCAAAAAAAUAUUACUUAUAAAACGUUUUAAAGUAUUGUUAUUUUGUUUUAAAUAAGUUCAUGGAUUAUUUCCUAAACGUAGUUCGUCUUCUAUCUUCAAUCUUAUUGUAAAAUACCUACAAUAUUAAUUAUUUUAUAUUUUAACAAUUUUAAAUCAAUCGAAAAUAUUUAGAUAUAAAAUGCUGAGAAAAUUUCUGGUGGAUGCCUAUUGAAAAAGUUUUAAACGAUUUAAUUAUAUUAUUCUUCAAUAUUGAAAUUUUUAUUGUGGUAUGCUGUUGGAAAAUUAUACAGAUACUACUGUUAUUAAAAAAUAUUUUAAUUAGAAAUUGAGUGUAUUGAAAUCAAUGAUAAAACAAUCUUGGUUGUUAUUCGUUAAUCAGUGUUAAUCUUCAGAUUUUAUCACUAUCUUCAAUGGCCAAUUUAAUUAGUUUCUAGAACUUUUAUUUUUUACCCCCAAAUUCUGAAUUUUAUUGAGUUAAUUAGCACUUUUAUUUUUUAUCCCCAAAUUCUGAAUUCUAUUGAGUUAAUUGGCACAAUUAACUAUUUUGCCAAUAAAUGCCAACUAAAAAAAGUUUAAUGUUGUAAGCUUUGACCUCAAUCAUUCAAUAAAUAAUUUCUUUAUUUUAACUCAUAGUUUCAAAGGUUAAUCCAGCAAGUGCUCUUUUCUCAACGUUUACCAGCCACUAUUGAAAAAUAUACUACUUUUUCGAGACCAACUACAAUAAUUAUUUAUGACGGACCAAUACAAAAGAUAGAGAUUCUAAUAGACUGGACACUUGGAUGAAUCAUAGGCCUAUUAGACAUCACACAGACUUUUCACCGUCAGAGGUCAGAUAAUGUCAUGAUCCAAAAUUUAAUUUGUGGUAAAUUCUUUUUGUUUAAAAACACUGUAGUUAACACUUUUAAAGUGAGCCAAAAUGUGAUUUUUUUGCGUGGAUCGUACAGAAUACUUGAAGGUUAUAAAAUAAUAUACUCUAUCCUGGUUCCUGGUUUAUUCUUAGAUCAAUUUCCAGUUUAUUAAAUUUUUAUUUUCACUUUCAUGAUGAAAUCUGUGUAGGUUAAAUCACUUUUAUUGAAACAAAUGAUUUUUAAAAUAUUGUGUAUACAAUGAUUGCUUCAACGAUUCCAAUACUCAUUGAGACAAUGAAACUCCUCUUCAAAUUCAGAAUGUGUUGUUACAAGACUAUUGUGUGUUCAACUAUCUUUUCAAAUUGUUACAGAUUGAUUUGUUCCGUUUAUCAUGUGAAUUAUGAGCGCUUGUAAUACCGGUAGUCAUUUCACAUAGUGGCUAUCAUAGUAUUUCUAUAGAAGAUAGUCACUGAAUCAUUUUUUAUUGAAGAAAGUAUCCACUAUGCCUUUUCAUGCGAAGAAUUUGGUUUUAAAAUGCGAGAAUUUUGGGUAUUCCACAAGGUUAAAUUAUGUUUGUUAGACGUUUUCAAUUGAUUGAAAAAAUCUAGUUUUCCAAUUUAUUAAGUAGUUUGUUUUCUGUUAAAUUCAAAAAUAUUGAAAAAGAAUACAAAAAACAGAACCUAUGUUCAAUUUUUAUGGAUGAUAUUUAUUUUUAUGCUGUUUCCAUGACGAAACACUAUAAUAUGAUAAAUAAUUUGUUGUAGUUUACAUUCACAGUGUCUAAACUACAACAAAGAUAUUUUUUUUUGUUAGAAAUGGAGAUGAUUUUCUAUAUAUCUGAAAAAAAUUACAAAAAUAUUGCUAAGAAAAAUAAUUCCUUGGCCGGUUUUUACAUGCGCUCAUAAUUCACUUGAAAAUAAAACAUUCGAAUGUUAUCAAGCACAUAACUAUGUAUUGUUUGACAAGAAUCAAAAUGUAAGAAAUAAUUUUCAUUGAAUGUUGAUUUUAAACAAGCCUAUCACUCUCAUUGUAAGGAGUUUUUUUCAAAAUUCUCAUUAAUUUUUCAAUUUCAUCUUUUUUGAUAUCAUAUUGAAAAACGUACCAUGAUAAAUCAUUGAAGGAUCAGUAAAGAAGGUACAGGAUCAGAAGGUACAAUAAAGUACAGAUCUUGCUCUUUAGCAAUAAGAGUUUAAGGUUAAUAAAUGAAAAGUUUCAAUGUAUCUAUACUUUCUAUUUUUAUGUAUUUUCAAAUGUGUAUCUAUUUUAACCUUGUUGAAUUUCAAAUAUUUAAACUGUAACUGGAUUCCUCCUUUUUGUAAGUGAAGUGACAAUCAGUAUCUUCCAAAUAAAUCCUGGAAUAACUUAAUUGAA